AUGGAUGAGCUGAGGAAUGUGAUUAAGGAGAAAAUAGACCGGAGCCUAGAUCGAAUGGUCAGGAAGACAGAUUCACCCUUCACUACAGCGGUCCGGGAAUGCCUGGUGCCUUCGAAGUUCUGUCUACCACAGCUCGAGCCAUUUGACGGGUUGAAGGAUCCUCUGGAUCACCUUAAUACCUUCAAGACGACUCUGGGUCUUCAACAACCCCCUGACGAGAUCUUAUGUCGUUCUUUCCCCACCACUCUCAAAGGAGCGGCGAGAGAAUGGUUCACUAAGUUACCAACGUCGUCCAUCGAUAACUUCGAGCAGCUAGGCAAUUGCUUCCUACGUCACUUCGUUAGUGGACAACGCACAAAGAGGCCAGCAGACCAUCUGCUUGCCAUUAGACAAGGAGAAAAAGAAACCUUGAGAUCAUAUGUGAAGCGUUUCACUCAUGAAACCUUGGAGGUGGAUGAAGCAGAUGACAAAGUGCAAUUUACGACUUUUAAAGCUAGAUUAAAAUCCAGGGAAUUUGUGGUCUCACUCACGAAGAAUCCUCCUCGGACGAUGGCGGAAAUGCUCCUAAAGGUUCAGAAGUACACUAAUGCUGAGGACGCUUUGGCAGCAAUAGAAGGAAUAGAGAAGCCUAAGGAGAAUGAGAGAAAGGAGGACGAUCGAAGAGGACAAAAAGGGGAAUGGGUAGAUCAUCAGAAUACUGACGGGAAUAGACAAAAAGAUGAAAAGACUCCUCGGACGGUAAAAUUCAUUCCUCUAGUUAUGCCCAUUGAUCAAAUUUUGCCGCAGAUCAAAGAUGAACACUACCUCAAAUGGCCCCGACCACUACAUUCGUCACCAAACAUGCGCAACAAGAAGAAGUAUUGCCGUUUUCAUAAGGAUAAUGGUCAUUACACAGAGGACUGCAGGGACCUAAAGGAGCAAAUAAAGGAGCUCAUACAGAAAGGGAAAUUGCAGAAAUUUGUGAAAAGGGAGAUUCCAGCAAGCCCAGGGAUGACAAUAAGGACAAACAUGAAGCUUUCCAGAGGGAUGAAGACCUCUUGCCCCCUCGCCCACAGAGCGCCAUAG